AUGUACCGAGCCCGACCGCGACGAAGCGUCAGCUUCGACGGUCACGACCGCAGCCGCUUCACCGACGCCCGCUUCGCGCCGGUCUUCAAGGAGCGCCGGCCGUCGGCGCGGCCCGAGGUCGACGACGACGACGACGACGACAACAACCAGCACUCGCACGAAGCGGUGGCCGACCUGCACCUGCAACAAACGUUCCUCAACGACGAGCUCGUGGCCCGCGAUAUGAAGCGCCAGCGCGUCAUCGAAGAGAUCUGCGCCACGGAAGCGAGUUACGUCUCGAACCUCAAGGUGCUCGUGUCGGCCUUUGUGACGCCGAUGGAGGUCGCGGGCAAUACGAUGCUGGCCAACCCGACCGUCGCCGUGUUCUUCCAGAGCCUCAAGCAGAUUUUGACCGUGAACGCGCAACUGCUCACCGAGGUCGGCGGCCUCCCGUCGUCGGCGGACUCGAUCGGCGCGCUCUUCUGUCGCUACGCACCGCUCUUUCGAUGCUACGCCGACUAUGCCAAGAACUUUGACGAAGUUGCGCAGCUGCUGCGUCCGCAUCGGUCGCCCAAGUUUGCAGCGUUCGUGCAGCAAUGCCAGCUGCAAUCUGGGUCGAUGCAGAACUUUGAGAGUCUCCUCAUCACGCCCGUGCAGCGCGUACCCCGAUACAAGCUCCUCCUCGAGCGGAUUGCGGGCUUGACAGGCGAGGGCCACCCCGACCAUGCGUCGCUGCUUCAGGCUGUCGUGGCCGUCGGUGACGCGGCGCAGCUCAUCAACGAAACCGUGCGGCAGAAGGAAAACAUGGAGCAUGUGCUACGUGUCCAAGCUCAAUUUGUGGGCCAGCUCUCGCUCUUCACGCUCGACCGGCGUCUCGUGUGCGCCGGCGUCCUUGUCAAAAUCUCAACCAAACGCGAUGAGAAGGUCAUGCUGCACCUCUUCAACGACCUGCUUUUGUACAGCGACAUUUUGCCCGCCGAGACGUACCACUGUCGCCGCAGCGUUGCGCUUGCCUCGUCGGCGUGUGGCAUCGACGCCACGCUCCCCGAGUCGUACCUUCCGCUCUUCUCGGUUGACCGCCCGCACCUCCAGCGCGACUGUGGCUUCAAGAUCAACAGCGCGGAAAAGUCGUUUGUGCUCUUUGCAGCAUCCGUCGACGAGAAGAACCGGUGGGUGCAGCUCAUUGCCGACGCGAUCGCGGGCGCCCAGGAGACAGGGCGGGAAGCGGCCCUCGAGAACGCCGCCGCCGUGUGGAUUCCCGAUGACGCGGUCGAGUCGUGCUCGCUGUGCCGACGCCGCUUUGCUGUGAGCUUCCGGCGGCACCACUGCCGACGCUGUGGCAACGUUGUGUGUGGCAACUGCUCGACGCACCGUGCGUAUGUGAUCGACAACGACCCGAAAGAGAAGCGCGUGUGUGACGGGUGCUUCCCGGUCCUUGCCGCCGUCAAGCGAUGCGCGAUGCGAUGGCUUGCGUGCCUCAUCGAGUUCCGGGGCGUGCUUCGACGGCUCCGCAAGCGGCGGUGGGUCGACUGCUACUUUGAGCUCAAAGGCGGCGUCUUGAGGCAGUUUGCGCUCACGGGCGCCCCGGUGAUUGACGGGCCGCAGCGCAACGCGCCCACCGACGUCUUGCCCAUGGCCGGCGCGAUUCUCAUCCGCAACAUUGAUUCCUAUGGCAUGGCCAACUGCUUCAAGAUCACGUCGCGAGCCGAGCCGGACCGUCGCUACAAAGCUUCUCCGCUGAAGGCGUAUACAAAGAAGAUGCGCAAGGCGCCGUUCGAGGACGACGAGUGGGUUCUCUGCGCCAGCUCGACGCAAGACUGGGCCAAGUGGAUCGACGCGCUGGAUGCGUCGGCCGCCAAGGCGCUUCAGCGGACGUCGUCGCGCGCUCGGUCCAUCGACCUCAUGUCGGGCUCGCUUCUCUCAUUGCGCGACACGCAGCUCGAUGAGCUCGAACUCGUGCGGAUGGACAGCUCGCUUAUCGACGACGCCAAGCAAGAGCGGUACCGCCACCACAUUCUCAAGGAAAUUGUGCGCUCGGAGCAAAGCUACGUUGAAUGCCUUGGCGAGUGCAUCCGCGUGUUCGUGCAGCCACUCUUGCUUCGGCAGCUCGAAGGGCGGAAGCUCGAGACCGCCAAGCAGAGUCUCCAGCGCCGGCUGUCGCAGCUGUCGCACUCAAAGCUCCAGAAAACGUUUUCGCGCAUGGGCUUGACCAAGCGGACGCAACUGCGCAACGGCAGUUCGAGCCUUGCGCGUGGCGACGCGGUGAAAACCCAUUUGGAUGCGACCAUGGCCGUCUUCUUCACAAGCAUGGACCAGAUCUUUACGCUCAACCAGCAGCUGCUCGACCACCUUGUGCGCCAUUUGGCCGAGACGGAUGAUGCGCCCGUCCACCGUAUCGGUGCCAUCUUUAACGCGUAUGCGUCGCUCUUUCAAAUGUACUCGUCGUAUGCGAGCUACCACGAAGCUGCGCUGGCUGCGAUCGAGUCGGACCACUUUGUGUCGAUGCUCGCAGGUAUCCAGCUGCACUUGGACGAUGGCACGCUUCACCGCCUCCGCACGUACCUCAAUAUGCCCAUGGAGCGCAUUCCCAAGUACAAGGUGUUUCUGCAAGAGCUGUUGGCGUGCACGGACGCCAGUCACAUGGACUUUGGCCCGCUCCUCUCGUCGAUUGAGAAGGUCGACCAUGUCGUGCAAGCGAUCCAGGACAGCAUCGCGUCGCGGGACGCCGCGCGCAAAUUGCGCGAAGUCCAGCUGCAGUACGGCCUCCCGCUCCCCGACUCGACGUACGUCAAAGGCGGCUUUCUCCGCAAAGUGUGUCGCGGCACGGUCAAGACGUACCACGUUGUCCUCCUCGACCACGCACUCUUGUAUGCGCCGACGGGGCUCCUGGCCACGUACCAGAAGAAGCACAAGAUGAUCGAGCUCACGGGCGCGUCCGUCUCGAUGCUGCAAGACGCACUGCCCGAGAGUGUGCGCCAGGCCGUCGUUGUCGAUGGCGCGCCCCCCGUGACACACCGCAAUGCCUUUUACUUUCGGUCCAACCAAAAGUCGUUCAUGCUCAUCGCCGACUCGGAAGAUGCGCAGACGAGCUGGGUCGAUGCCAUCCACGACGCGAUCGCUAAGGUCGAAAUGACGUACCGGCUCUCCAACACGUCGGACGAAGACGACAAGUCGAGCCCGCACCCGAUGGACGUGUUCAUGCGCAAGCCCAUCAAGACGGGCUGGCUCCAAGUGCAGCUCGGCAAAAAAAAGUGGCGCAAGCAGUGGGUGACCGUCGACUACCAGCACUUUACGAUCGGGCCGUCGCCCCAGACGAGCCCCGAGACGACGCUGGUCAUCGCGUCUUGCGCCGCCGUGAGUGUCGCCGCCAUCGCCACGCAAUUCGAGAUUCGUGGCGAACCCGUGAUCACGAGUUUGACCGAGGCGGCAGCGACAUUCACCUUUGUGCUGGACGCAGGCCUGGACCGCGACGAGUGGCUCCGUGCGCUCACGCAUUGCAUUCGCAGCAGCGCGUACGAAGACGCCACCACGUGCCUCUCGGCCGUCUCGGAGCCAGCGCUGCAUCACUUUGCGCCGGUGUUUCAGUUUCACAAUACGUCCAAGAAAUGCAUGCUCUGCGGCAGUAGCUUUACGCUCUACCGGCUCCGGCACCACUGCAAAAACUGUGGGACGCUUGUCUGCGGCAGCUGCUCCAAAGCACGGAUGGUCCUGAGCCACGAUCUGCACCGUGCUGUUCGGGUUUGCGACCACUGCGUCGACGAGCACACGUCCGACUUUUGA